UAGAAGAAAGUUUAAAAAGUAGCGGGACUUCCACAUGCUGACAAACCAAAUCUUGACAAAGCUUUAGUUCUGACAAAAAACACCUUGAUUCUACAAUGUCCAAUUACGAUUUUGGAAUCUGCCCGUACAACCCAAACCACCGUAUCAUGCUGUUCCGGAUGCCCAAGCACAUCGUCAAGUGCGAGAAGAACUACCGCGGGCCGCCGCUAAAGAUCUGCAAGUACAACGCCACCCACCGCGUUCUCGACAUGGAGGAGCACCUAAAGGAGUGUUCCUACUAUCUACGCAGCAUCGACAACCAGAACGUCCAGAUAGCCCUCACCACUCGAAUUCCGCCCGUCCUAGAAGAUGGACAUGAUGUCAGCACACCGCUCUAAGUUAAGAAUAUACAGACACUCCCAACUUGUAUACCAUGUAUAUGACCCAACGAGAAGCUUCUUGAAGAAGCCCCAUAUUGUGUAAACCAGAAUUUCGUUUGAUUGCAAUCAUGUUAUGAUUUAAAUACAUUUACGCUGAGAAUCUUAAA